CGGCGGGUUUAUAUUGGCGCGGCCCAGAAGGCGGAGGCCUCUGCGGCGACGUCUUCGGAGACGCGCGGCCUUGCCCCGCGCUAGCCAUGGCUGACUACCUGAUUAGCGGGGGCACGUCCUACGUGCCGGACGACGGGCUCUCGGCACAGCAGCUGUUUAACUGUGGGGACGGCCUCACCUACAAUGACUUUCUCAUUCUCCCCGGGUACAUCGAUUUCACUGCAGACCAAGUGGAUCUGACCUCUGCUCUGACUAAAAAGAUCACUCUGAAGACCCCACUUGUUUCCUCACCCAUGGACACAGUCACAGAGGCUGGGAUGGCCAUAGCAAUGGCGCUUACAGGUGGUAUUGGCUUCAUUCACCACAACUGUACACCAGAAUUCCAGGCCAAUGAAGUUCGUAAAGUGAAGAAAUAUGAGCAGGGGUUCAUCACGGACCCUGUGGUCCUCAGUCCCAAGGAUCGAGUGCGGGAUGUCUUUGAAGCCAAGGCCCGGCAUGGCUUCUGUGGUAUCCCCAUCACUGACACAGGCCGGAUGGGGAGCCGCCUGGUGGGCAUCAUCUCCUCGAGGGACAUUGAUUUUCUCAAGGAGGAGGAGCAUGACCGGCUUUUGGGAGAGAUUAUGACAAAGAGGGAAGACUUGGUGGUAGCCCCUGCAGGCAUCACACUGAAGGAAGCAAAUGAAAUUCUGCAGCGCAGCAAGAAGGGAAAGUUACCCAUUGUAAAUGAAGAUGAUGAGCUGGUGGCCAUCAUUGCCCGGACAGACCUGAAGAAAAACCGAGAUUACCCACUGGCCUCCAAAGAUGCCAAGAAGCAGCUGCUGUGUGGAGCAGCCAUUGGCACUCACGAGGAUGACAAGUAUCGGCUGGACUUGCUAGCCCAGGCUGGUGUGGACGUGGUGGUUUUGGACUCUUCCCAGGGAAACUCCAUCUUCCAGAUCAACAUGAUCAAGUACAUCAAAGAGAAAUACCCCAGUCUCCAAGUCAUUGGAGGCAAUGUGGUCACAGCUGCUCAGGCCAAGAACCUCAUUGAUGCUGGUGUAGAUGCCCUGCGGGUGGGAAUGGGCAGUGGCUCCAUCUGCAUCACUCAAGAAGUGCUGGCCUGUGGGCGGCCCCAAGCAACAGCAGUGUACAAGGUGUCAGAAUAUGCACGGCGCUUUGGUGUUCCCGUCAUCGCUGAUGGAGGAAUCCAAAAUGUGGGCCAUAUCGCCAAAGCUUUGGCCCUUGGGGCCUCAACAGUUAUGAUGGGCUCCCUCCUGGCUGCUACCACUGAAGCCCCUGGCGAGUAUUUCUUCUCUGAUGGGAUCCGGCUAAAGAAAUAUCGCGGUAUGGGUUCUCUCGAUGCCAUGGACAAGCAUCUCAGCAGCCAGAACCGAUAUUUCAGUGAAGCUGACAAAAUCAAGGUGGCCCAGGGGGUGUCUGGGGCUGUGCAGGAUAAAGGAUCCAUCCACAAAUUUGUUCCCUACCUGAUUGCCGGCAUCCAGCACUCCUGCCAGGACAUUGGUGCCAAGAGUUUGACCCAAGUCCGAGCCAUGAUGUAUUCUGGAGAGCUCAAGUUUGAGAAGAGAACAUCCUCAGCUCAGGUGGAAGGUGGUGUCCACAGCCUCCAUUCGUAUGAGAAGCGUCUUUUCUGAAAAGGGAUACAGCACACCCUCGGUUUUUCAAUAAAAGUUUGAAAAAAA